AUGCUUGUCUUUGUACCACCACACCCCCUCAUCAACCACUGGCUCGGCAUCGCUCGCAACGCGAUGACCCCGCCGGCCAUCUUCCGCAGCACCCUCGGCGAGCUCGGCCGUCUCCUGGUCUACGAGUGCGUCCGCGACUGGCUCCCGACGUUCACCGCCGAAGUGGAGGGUCCGAUGGCGACAGCCCAGGUGGAGAUGGUGGAUCCCGGGCAGCCCGUCGCGGUGGUGCCCGUGCUUCGCGCCGGCCUCGUGCUCCUGGAGGAGUGCAAGACGGUGCUCCCGGCGUCUGUCACUUACCACCUCGGGUUCGUCCGCGACGAGGAGACACUGGAGGCCAAGAUGUACCUGAACAAGCUGCCCAAGCAGUUCGCCGAGGGUCAGCGGGUGCUCAUCUCCGACCCCAUGCUGGCCACGGGCGGGACCAUCGUGCAGGCCAUCGAGGAGUGCCUCAGCCGCGGCGCCCUGGUGAAAAACAUCCGCAUCGUCUGCGUCGUCGCGUGCCCAACCGCGCUCAGCGUCCUCUCUGACAAGUACCCCGGGCUCAGGGUGUACGCAGCCAUGAUCGACGAGGAGCUGAACGACCAGGGAUACAUCAUCCCCGGCCUCGGCGACGCGGGGGAUCGCGCGUUUGGAACUGAGUGA